AUGCAAUCUAAAGCAAUCUAUUAAUUCGUUUAAAAAUAACUUCAAUAGUAAAAAAAAAAGUAAGAAUAACCAAAAAUUGAAGAGGAAAAAAAACCAGACAGAAGACCUCAUAAAUUGAUGAGACCAAUGAAAAAUAAAAUUGCUAAAAAGCCAAAAUAAGUAGUAAAAUAAUAAAAGCAAUAAAUAAAAAAAUUAAAACCAGUUAAAGCUAUUCAGAAUGAGAUUGAUCAGAGUUAUGUUGUAUAUAAACCUAAUGAAAAAAUUAUGAGCAGAUUAAAACAUUAUUUAUGA